AUGCGAGCCGAGGGCACCUUUGGAGACUUUAGAGCAUUCUUGUCCACUGGAGACCUCUAUGACAUUCCACACGCAGGCAACCCUCUAUCCUGGAGAGGCAUGCGUCACACUCACCUAGUACACUGCCGCUUAGACCGGUCCUUAGCUAACGGAGCAUGGUCAGACUGUUAUCCAUAUAGCCGAUGCUACUAUCUGGACUUUGAGGGAUCAGACCAUCGCCCUCUUCUCACCAUUCUCGAAACAAACCUGAAGAAAAAGAGAGGUAUCUUUCGCUAUGACAGGAGCUUAAACGAUAACCCGGAAAUCACAGAAGUAGUAGAGAAAGCCUGGCACUCAUCUGAUACAGCCUCGGUCGAGCAGCGUAUUAACUAUUGUAGAAGAGAAAUUUCGAGAUGGAACCGGGAACACCACUUCAAUGCUCAGAAAGCAAUACAAGAAGAAAAAGCAAAACUAGACAGAGCUCAAUGGUUAGCCCUCAGAGACAAGAAUUCUGGCUACUUCCACGCUGUAACAAGAGGAAGAAGAGCAGUCAACAAACUAGCAGUUUUAGAAGAUGCUCAAGGAACAGCAGUCUAUGAGGAAGAGAAAAUAGUGCAAGUUAUUUCAGCUUACUUUCAAGACAUCUUCAUCUCCCGAUCCUCAAGCUGCGAGGAAACAGUUCACCAGGCCAUCCAUCCCUGCAUCUCCGAGGAAACAAAUGAAACCCUCAUACGCGAACUCACUCCGGAAGAGAUCAAAGCGGCUUUAUUCUCUAUCAGUCCGGACAAAGCAUCAGGACCCGAUGGCUUCUCUGCAUGUUUUUUCCAAAAAAACUGGUCUCUUAUGGGUCCCCAAAUAACAAAAGAGGUGAAAGAAAUACUCGCAGCAGGUAUUAUUCCCAAUUCCCUAAACGAAACCCAUGUGAGGCUAAUCCCCAAAGUCCCUAGCCCGAAAUCAGUGUCAGAGUAUAGACCUAUAGCCCUCUGCAACGUUUACUACAAAAUCAUCUCCAAACUCCUCACUAAAAGACUUCAACCCAUCCUAUCCACAAUCAUAUCUGAGAAUCAGACUGCCUUCAUCCCAGGAAGAGCCAUCUCAGACAACGUUCUUAUUACUCAUGAAGUCUUACAUUACCUUAAAGGAUCCGGAGCUACUAAACACUGCUCCAUGGCCGUGAAAACGGAUAUGAGCAAAGCCUAUGACCGUUUGAAAUGGAACUUCAUAGCCGCCGUCUUGGACAGAAUGGGAUUCCACCCAAAGUGGACAAACUGGAUCUUCCAGUGUAUCUCCACAGUCUCCUACACCUUUCUAGUCAAUAGAACAGCACAAAGACAAGUCUUCCCACAACACUAUGACUUCCUCUCGGUCCCGAUCACAUUUUCCACAUCCCACGGCUGGAGAGGGAUUCUCAUUGGGAGAGAUCUCCUAAAAAGUUGCCUUGGACGAGUCAUUGGGAAUGGGGCUUCGGCCUCAGUUUGGAACGAUCUGUGGCUCUCACUUGAUCAGCCCUCCCAACCCAUAGGUCCACAGAAUCACCUACACACAGAAAUAAAGGUCUCAGAACUGCUAAACAACCAGAAUGGGGAAUGGUUGUUUGAAAAGAUAAAAAAAGAAGUCUUACCGCACCAGCUGAAGCAAAUCCUGGCCAUCAAACCGAGCAAGAAAGGAGCCCCGGACUCCUACAUAUGGCUAUCCACCAAGUCAGGCGACUACUCUGUUAAGACGGGUUACCACUCAGCUGUGGCUGCACAAGAACUCCUGACUGAUCCCCACAACAUGCAUGAUCCAAUCAAUUGGAUGUCAGAUGUGUGGAACGGAAAAUUCUCACCAAAGUUGAAAGUGUUCCUAUGGAAAACACUCCAAGAGACUUUACUUGUAGGCGAGAACUUACUCAAUCGAGGGUUAAUGGAUACGGCUUGCUGUAUCCAUUGCGGCGAACUUGAAACAACAGAACACUUGUUCUUCCACUGUCCCUAUGCCUUGGCAGUUUGGAGUCUGGCCCCAUUCUCUAUUACCCUGAACCUAAACCAAAUCCAAUCCUUCUCAGCGGCCUUAACCACCUCCAAAUCCUGGAUCUGCCUUCCUCCGAUUGGCGCAGGCUCCAGACCGCUCUUCCCCUGGAUCGUCUGGGCUAUUUGGAAAGCAAGGAAUACCCUGAUCUUUGAAGACCGACUCUUCCAACCUGAAGAAACAAUCCACAAAGCUGUUACGGAAGCGAAGGAAUGGCAAUCAUCACAACUAUUAAGUCAACCUCUGGUUCGAAGCCCUUUUGCUAUAACCCGAUCACCAGACCAAAUCAGAGCCCUUACCUACUUUACAGACGGUGCAUGGUGCAAAGACUCAGGAAUAGGAGGUUCGGGGUGGAUCGUGGUCGACAACGAUGGAACUGAAGUUUCCCGGGGCCACUCAGCCGAGCGUUUCGUCUCAUCCCCCUUAGCCAUGGAAGCUCUUGCGAUCCGUUCCGCUUUGAAUCAUGCCCUGGAGAACGGCUUCUCCAACAUCAUCCUCAAGCCAGACGCUGAGGAUCUCAUCCGAGCUUUGAACACGCACGAGCAGAUCAAGGAGAUCUACGGUCUCCUCUUUGAUAUCCAUGCUCUUGCCUUUAUGUUUUCUUCGAUUUCGUUCAUCUCUAUCCGUAGAUCUGAGAAUGCCUUGGCAGAUGCAAUCGCCAAAUCGGCAAAAAACGGUUUAAUUUCCCUUUCGUCCCAGCGGGACCCACUUUGUAGGUGGUGA